AAAUGGCGCCAUAUAAACUGCACUGAAAGCAACCUGUGACACCAUUAAUGCUCCAGCUGUUGUAACAUUACACAACACUACAUUUGCAUGCAGUGUUGUAGUUACUUAGCUCAGGAGCUAGAACAGUAGUCAGUGUGUAUAUGUGAUGAGUGACCUGUCCAUCAUCACUGAAGCCCAGCUGUUGUCCCGUUUGCUUCCUCGUGUCUAUUGUUUAAAGUGUAUUAUCAGGUAUCUACACGUAAAGGGGGUAUGACGUCAAUAGCGGGUCCAGUCAGUAGAAAGACCUCAUCAUCUCCUCCCAUCUCUUGCCUCUCCAGCUCGUCCUUCCACAUCUAAGGAGUACUUACCUUUUCGAUUGUAUUGCGCUUUUCGGGACUUGCGCCAUGGGGGGAUUAGACGCACUCCGGCAGUUUAAUUUGGUCAAAUGGCUCAGAGAGGAGAGACAAUCGAGGAAACUGAUUCUCUUCAUUGUUUUUGUCGCUCUGCUUCUGGACAACAUGCUGCUGACGGUAGUCGUUCCCAUCAUUCCCAGCUACCUGUACACUCUGGAUGAGUCGACAGACGUGCUAAAGAACAACACGGCACCGAAGCAGGAUUCUCCAGCAUCCUUCCAAAGCAUUGUGUCCUUAUACGACAACACUGUUAGGCUGUCUGGGUUCAAUACUACAGCUAGGACUACUGACCUGGUCCCUCCAACCCCUACUGGUACACAGCUCCCACCAAACUCAACCGACUGCCCCCGGUCCACCAACAAGCUGAUUAAUGAAAAUGUCAAAGUAGGAAUGCUGUUUGCUUCCAAGGCCACCGUGCAACUGAUUACCAACCCAUUUGUAGGGCCAAUCACAAACAGGAUCGGAUACCAGCUUCCCAUAUUUGCUGGCUUCUGUAUAAUGUUCAUCUCUACUAUCAUGUUUGCCUUCUCAUCGAGCUACGCUCUGCUGUUUCUGGCCAGAUCGCUUCAAGGCGUGGGUUCGUCCUGCUCGUCUGUGGCUGGGAUGGGAAUGCUCGCCAGUGUGUACACAGAUGAUGAGGAGAGAGGUCAUGCCAUUGGCAUUGCCUUGGGAGGUUUGGCCUUAGGAGUGUUAGUUGGACCCCCAUUUGGCAGUGUGAUGUAUGAGUUUGUUGGGAAGACAGCUCCUUUCCUUAUUUUGGCAUUCCUGGCUAUGUUUGACGGAGCUCUGCAGCUUUUUAUUCUUCAGCCCACCAAGGUGACACCAGAGAGUCAGAAGGGGACGCCACUGUUGACACUGAUGAAGGAUCCAUAUAUACUAAUAGCAGCAGGUGCCAUUUGUUUUGGAAAUAUGGCUAUUGGCAUGAUGGAGCCAACUGUGCCAAUCUGGAUGAUGGAGACCAUGUGUGCCAGGAAAUGGCAGCUAGGCGUUGCUUUCUUACCAGCAUCCAUCUCCUACCUUAUUGGAACCAACAUCUUUGGCACGUUUGCACACAAAAUGGGGAGAUGGCUUUGUGCUCUUAUUGGAAUGGUUGUGGUUGGGAUCAGUGUAAUAUGUGUUCCCUUUGCUAGAGACAUCUAUGGUCUGAUUCUUCCUAACUUUGGUGUUGGUUUUGCCAUUGGCAUGGUGGAUUCCUCUAUGAUGCCUAUAAUGGGUUACUUGGUGGACCUGCGGCACGUGUCUGUUUAUGGAAGUGUGUAUGCGAUUGCCGAUGUAGCUUUCUGCUUGGGAUUUGCAUUAGGUCCAUCUAUUGGAGGUUCCAUUGCUGAAAGUAUUGGCUUCCCUUGGCUGAUGACCAUCAUUGGAAUAGUGGAUAUAAUAUUUGCUCCUCUCUGCAUCUUUCUGAGGAACCCACCAGGACAAGAAGAGAAAAUUGCGAUUUUAAUGGACACAAACUGUUCAAUGAAGACGAGAUCCUACUCUACUCAGGGGGCAUACUACCAGGGUGAAGACAUGGAUCCAGAAUAUGACGAUUAUGAUUAACAGGACCCCAGCCAUGCAGGGUAACCCUUCAGAGGAUCUAUUUUGUUGUACAAAAAGAAGGAAUAGAAGAAAAUCACAGCAAACGAAACAAAACAGCCAAGAUAUUUCCACGUGAAUGUCCUGCAUUCAAUCGUCACUGUUCACUGUCUUCUUAGCAGUUGUACUGGAGCAAACCAAAGUUGUCCUUUCUCUGUGAUUUCAAGCGCAUUGUGUUGCACGUAUUUUGUUUAGCCAACAGCCUUAUUCGAUGAGAGCGAAAACACCUUUUAGGUGCAGUUUGCUGAUCUGUCUUUAUCCUGUAUUGGACAUUCAGUUUUAACAUAACAGCCCUGGGUAUUAGUGUCACAUUUAGGUGUGUAAGUUGAUAUUAAAAAUGGGGAUUUUUGCGAUAAGUCGAGAAACUGCAGUCUGUCAAAAUCCAGAAACAUUUGUCAGACGCAGGUGGCCUCCCCCACACCGCUGCUGUAGAGGACCUGUGUUAGGAAGUUAACACACUUAAUGCUAUAAGAGAUGAGGAACGUAUUCUUAAACACAUUAUCAAUACAUGUUUAUCCUUCUAACAAGAGACUGUAUGUUUUUCGAAUCUCUGAAACUUUCAGUGAUAAAAGUCAAUUAGAAUAAAGCCCAUGUCCAGAUUACACCAGUGCUACCAAGCUACACCACAGCAUAGUCACACGCGUACUCAAGCACAACAGCAUGGACUUGGUGUUACUGGAGAUACUUUAUGUGAAUUUUUCGUGCCCCACCCUCCCCGUCUUGGGGCUCUGGUCUGAAAUGGUCGGCUUACUAAUACAAAGAAACAUGUUUAAAGCCUGUUACAAAUAAGUCUUUACAAGUAUUUUCCUCAUUCACAACAAAUGUAUGAGGUACUUUUUAAAUAAUUUACACAUUAAGGGGUGUGAAUGCUUUGAUAGGCGACCCAACACAGGUCCUGUUUAUGCUGCUGGUGAAGCAUUUGUCUGCGAUGAGGGAAACUGAUCUCCGGGCUUUGCACUUCAAAGCCUGUUAAACAGUUUAUAUAGUUUAUAGAUGCAACUUGCUAACCACUGUAGCUAGCACUGAUUUCACUCAUAUGGACAACAGUACUGUGUUGCUGACACAUUACCCCUGCACACUGUGCUCAGCCAUGGAAACCAGUUACCAGUGACCCCCGACUGUAACUUUACCUGUUACACUGUGGCUGAGCUGCUGCAGUUAGGUAACCACAGCAUCUCUUAACCCCGGAGGGGAGAUAUUUCACAGACUGAUGGCUGUGCGUUUGAGUUUAUACACCUGUGGCAUUGUCACUGAAAACACCUGGAUUCCAAUACUUUUGUCCAUAUGGCUCGAACACAACAAACCUCUGCGUCUGAGUCGGGAUAAUAACAAUGACAUCAUGACGGCUGUGUCCAUAUGUGGGCAGUUUGCUGUAGCCAGAAGAGCAGAGUUGUAAAAAGACACAUUGGACCUUUAUGCUUUCUAUUCCCUCAAAACUGCCAGUGUAGUUUCAUACUGCUUAAUAAAUCAGUUUUGUCUGCAACCAAAGAUUUGCACUAAUUACUGUUGCUUUAAAUUGCUACAUGUUCCUGUCCGACUGGCAUCUGAGAAGUGCUCGUUAUAUGUCAUAGUUUCGGCACACGAAGAACACCAACGCCCGUUUGGACACAGUUUGGUUUGUAAUGUUAACUGGACUCAGGUCUGGGCUCCUUCUAAUGUACUGGCUCAGUGCACACUGGGACUAUGAGCUGAAUGACUUCAUAAACACUGACACAAUCCCGACUUUAACCGUAAGCUUUUCACUUUUUGAAAUAUUGUCAAAAUGCAUAAUUGCAAGACUUUGCUGAGGGCAGAGGUUUAUGUGUGCUGGAAUAUAUUUGUUAGAACUAAAAUGUUAGAACACACAGAAGGAAACUGAUUUUAAAAAAAACUUUAAUUCAUUAAUGUCUGAAGGGAACCAGAGGAAGCAUACAGAUCCUAUUGGACAACACGACAGCAUGCAGUUCCUGCACAGAUUUUUAUUAUGGCCAACAGUGGAAGCAGCAGCAUUUUGAUUGACAGUUAGAAGCGUGUAACCAGCUGUGGUUGAGUAUGGGGGAGGGUUGUUUCCUGGUGACCUUGCCCUGAGCCUUUCUGCUCUGAGCCAUCAUUACGGUUGUUUCUUACAUCUGUGCUUCCUGUGCUGUGUCAAAAUAUCUGUUAUGGUAUCUGUUUAGUACAGUGACCAGAGUGCAUUGGAGGAGUAGGUCAACUUACUAGAGAACAUGUUUAUUGUUGGCUUUGAUAUGUUAGAAUGUGGAGCCGGUAGCAGCUGUGUACUAUACUGUUAACCUAAAAACACUUGUGAUUUCAGCGAUGUGUGGGGCUUGCUCCUGCAUUGUUAAACCUGGAUUCUGUUGGCUUGUAUGUAUGAAGUGCAUCUGCAACAAGAACUAGCAAAUACAAGCAUCCAUGAGUCAGGAUUGUAAGAUUGUAAGCAGAGCUUCAUGUGUAGCAGUGACAGUGACAGCGUGAGUCAAGAGGGCGUGGCCAAAUUUAAAUCAGGUACAGAAUGUGACUCAUGACGCAGUUUGAUUGGAUGUCAUUCAUAAUCAACAUUCGUUUAUAGGUGACCCCAGAAACAUCUGAGUUUGUAAUGAUAAUAAUAUGUUAAAUAUUAAUUAAAUUGCUUGAUAGAAAAUAAAAACAAAUGGGGACAAUUCAAGUCAAAUUUAUUUGUAUGGCAUUAUUUAGACACGAGGUAAAUCAGAGCGCGUUCACAGAGGGAAAGAAAGUUUAAAACAUAUGAUAGUGUGUAUGAUGUGCAAGCUGUGUUGAGUACAGUGGUAUGCACUAUAACUGUUCAAGAACAUAAGCUACUUUCAGCUGCUGAUGCACAACGGAUGGACCGUUUGAUCUGACACAGAGUCUUGCCAGGUAUCCCCUCACACUCUUGAACCUCGACCUGCUAACCACUACACUAUGGAGCCAGGGUAUGAAUGUUAUAUUAAAAGUGCAGAACUGGACUCACCUUCUAUUACAAGCUUAAUUCAUUACUGCAGAAAGCAAAAACAGAGAAAUGACUGUAUCAUGACAGCGUAGCAGGACAGCUAGCUUGUGCAACAAAUGAUUACUGAAUGCUAGCUUGAGUCAAUGCAGUUUUUGGCUCUGCCCCGUAACCUUUGAACCAUCAUGAGAUUAUGUCUUAAGAUAGAUGACAGAUCAUUUUUUGGUUUUCCGUAGUAUAGCGCUGUUUGUCAAAAUGUUUGUAAAACUACAAACUAAUUAGUUGUUAUAUUUUGAUGACCUUUUUUCUCUUUUUUUCUUAAAAAAGGUUCUUGUAAUGUUUAUGGUGUUUAUAAUGUACUGAAUCUUGUGCCAUAUGGUUUUUCUUUUUCCUCUUCCUCUAACUGUGAAAACCUGUACUAGAUUUAAGCAAAAGAGUAAAAUAGUACCAUUAAUACAAAGUAAACCAUCUAGACUUGUUUAUCCAGAGUGGGACUCGCUGGACUGAGCAGGGAUCAACACACCCAACACUCCUAACGACCAAUCUACGGAGUCGUUUCUGGGUAUUUUUGUGCACGUUUUGUGGUUUUGGUCAGAAUCUAUUGAAUAUAUGUCACUCUGUGAGUCUUAUAUGUAUUUGACUGGAUUGUUUUUCAUACUUGUGGGAACACCAUAUUCUCUAUUAAAUGUUGUAUACUGUCAAAAAGCAGUUUUCUCCGUAGAGAUGACACCUCUAAAUAUCUGGACAGCAGGAUUUUCUGCAUAAUUAACCUUUGGUGAAUUUAAACCACUGAGCAUUCAGACCAAAUGUUGGUCUAGCUGAGGCUUCAUAUCAUCCCAAUGAUACCUCAGAAUGUACACAAAAAUAACAUGCGUGUGGCUAACAUGUAGCACAGGUCCCAGAAAUCCUCAUGUUGAUUAGUUGUGCCGGGCGCUUGAAGACAGCAGAUGGGUUGUCAUGACGGGAGAAUGUGGGAGCAGACACACUGUAAUCAGGCUGUCCAUCCCAACACUGGCCUUCAAUUACUUUGCAGAUGCUCACACGAUACCUCCUUUCCCUCCUCACUGAAGACUGAAACAGUUGCUGUUCUUGCAGCAGUGUAGGUGAACCAGAGCUUUCUGUGUAAUAUUACAUUUCUGUGUGCAACUAUUUUACCAAUUAAUUUCACAAUUUCUGAAGGGGGCGGGACUACGGCCUUACAAACAGUACACUACACAGCCUUCAAUGAGGAGCUGGCGAAAUGCUAUUAAAGAUUAUCAUUCAAUGACACUAGCAGUGGUGCUGUCUCUGCUGCGAUGAUUAUCAUUUUCAAUGAUAAUGCAAAACAAAAUCCUUAAUGUGUUAAAAAAAAAAUAGCAGAGAUGAGAAGUUAUCGAUGUCUACAGCCUCUCUGCCAAUUUCACACUAGGCUCAAUCCAUUGCACUUUUUUAUUACACUGUGUUUUCCAGUCAUUCAAGGAUCAUUUGCAAAUGUUUAAUCAGACUCUGUUUCUUCCUGUUAAUCAUUUAAAACUGUCUAGUUCUUUUUGUGACUCAGUUCAAUGAAAAUUUGAAUGAAUUAAUUAAAAAUAUGUGAUUUAAAGGCAAAAUGAAGACGUUUAAACCCAAAUUCUAAACGUCAAAAAUGAAUAACUUAAAAAAGGAUAAUUUGAAAAACCUUUUAGAGGUUUUAAAGAAUUGUUUCUGACAUUAAUGGGUAGGUUAUUUUGGGAGUUAACCUAGUGCAACCAAAGAAUACGGCAAAGGUUCUGAGACAUGGUGCUAGGCCACUAAAAAACUCAAAGAGGAAACUACUGCAGCGUAGAGAAGGGGACCUUAUUUCUGUCUCCAUGAAUUUGUACUAUUCACAGUUCAAGGUAGCUCUCUCUUUGAACUGUGAAUAUUUCCACAUUAAGAAGCUGCUGUCAAGUGUUUUCACAGGUUAGUCUUAUUCUGUGCGUCUAUGAAGGAACUUCUCUUUCAGACAGCAAAAAAGGGAAAAAUGAGUGCAAACUGCAUUCAGGCCAUAAACGACUGUCUUACACAACUUUGGCUCUUUGCAGACAUCAGCACAGACAGCAUGCUAACACUAAGCUAGCCAAGAACCCAGACUGCAGUGAAUGCGGGCCGCAGCAUUCAGAGCCCAAACUUCAACACAUGCAAAAGGCAGUGAUGAGUAGUCAGUCUCUGUUUCUGAAGCAGAAUCACUGUUUUAAUCUUUAAAGUCUCUGUGCGGGUUUUGCUCUGUGUUCAUACCGAGCCAACAGUAGAACAAUCGAUCUAAAACUGAGCAACAUAAAAGCUGAAGUUUUGAUUCAUACAUGCACUUUUCCUACUGCGUGGCAAUUUUAGCACAGAGGUCAAACUGUACAAUGUUUUCAUCAUACAUAUUGACACUGAUCUUUGCAUGUAGCGGUAUAAGUGCACCUCUCAUGAAAACAGGCCCAACUGAGCAGCUUUCCCAUCCAUCGAUGGUCCUGGUUUCUGUGGAAAAUAUGGUGUUGACUUUAAGCCACUACGUUUCCAAAUCAAUCUGAAUACACCAUGCUUUCUAGUCUCAUAGCUAACUUCUGGUUUUGGCCUUCCUAGUGGAAUUUCUUGAUUGUAAAAUAAAGCUUCUUGUGACGCUGCGUUUACUACAAAGGCUAAACGAUGGUGUGCCAAUCAUGGGAAGACUUGCAUCAAAGUUACUGAAAUAACCCCCGAGUUGCUCCCGAUGCAUUAAUCAAUAAAUGAGUGUUGGACAGAAAUAACUUGGGCACAGAGAAAAAGGUUUUUGAAUGUCUGUGUGAAUGAAACUGGUAGUAAAGAGAAUUUUGAGUGCUCAAGCAGAGAAGCAACAACAAUAUGAACCAAUGGGAAUUCAUGUGAUUUUGUUUAUUUAGCUUAUGUACAAUAAAGCUUCAUCACAUGAGGCUUUCUCAAAAAACUGUUUUACAACAUCCCUCAUACAUACACACAAAAAACACACCAUCUCAAUCUGCUCAAAGCAGUGGGCGGAGCUUUUACUCACUGUGGAGUUUCCACGGUUAGGGCUGUGAGUGGGGGCAGAAGCAUGUGAGUAUGAGUUCAGUGGACGAGGAAAUGCAGCAGCAGCAGAAGUGCUUCAUAAAACAAAUAUUGCACAAAAAAGGUCAAAAGACAGCUAUAGCGACCAGUGGGUCAAUAUCUACAGCACAUACGCAACAUAUUAACCACAGCAGAAAACAACAUGCCAUUUCUGAUCUUGUUGAAUCUUCAGUUAAAGUCGGUUACACUCUGCAAAUCCACCACUGGAGUGUGAAGAGCAGAUUGUAGGCUCGUCUCUGUGCAGAUCUUCACUCGUGGCUUUUGAAUAAGUCAGCUUCACUGACUUCAGCCAUUCACACCUGCUAUCAGUCUCUCCACUGACAAAGUGAUAUGUUCAACGAGAAGCCACAUGGAAACGGUCAAAGCGAGUCACAGGUGAAUAACAUCAGAGACUACCUGCUGUCAGCAAAGAGGAGACAUUCUAGUAGUCACAACAAUGAAGGUUGAACUGCUGCUGUUGUACUUCAUUCACUGCAGUGUUUUAGCUCCUCAUAACUUACAUAUGAAGCCUAUUUAACAACAAAAGGCUUCUAUUCUUCUGUUCAAGCUUUUCAUACAGUACAUCUCCUUCUAUAGCAUCACAUGACAUGCACACAGAGCUCCUUCCCGUAUGCGCUGUGACACUAAAUAGAAAAAAUAAACAAAGGACGAAGCCAACGAAAGAUCGCGUUCAGGAUUAAGGGCAGAUUUCCCCAACACUGACAUGUCUUCUUGUUCUUAGCAGCUGUAAACAGUGAAUGAAGAUCAUGGCGCUUUGGGAGCUAUAGCUGUUUUUUGACACAAUCAGUCAAACAGACUUAAUGCUCAGCAUUUUAAAGGAUGGACGGAGGGAGGGUGGUGCCAAACAGCUGUAUACAGACAAAACAUGGAAAAGAACAGACAUUCAUUGGACAUGGAAGCAACUUAAAGGCAAACAAUCAGGAUUAAACCAGGUAUGGAUUAAAAACACAGGUACUAAAUCACAUAGGCUCCCGGGUCA